UCCUUUCACACCCUUCCCCCAAUUGUCCGGAUACAGCUCGGGUGGCCAAGGUUUCCCCUCCCUCCUGGAAAUGAAGCCCUGAGGCUCCUCCUGCCCCCAGCUCAGGGAGAUAGUUUUCCAGAAAUCUUUGGAUCUCCCUCUUUAAAAAUGAAAGAUGAAAUUGCCACAACAAUUUUCUUCAUCACAAGACUGGUGAAAAAAUCUGAUAAGCUGAAUAAGCAACAAAUAGAAGAAUUUGCAGCAAAACUGAUGGCGAUACUCUUUGAGACAUACAGAAUGCACUGGUACCCAGAUAUUCCUUCUAAAGGGCAAGCUUUCAGGUGUAUCAGGAUAAAUAAACAACAGAAAAAAGAUCCCCUUCUGGAGAGGGCAUGUGCUGAAAGUAAUGUGAAUUUUUUUCACCUGGGACUUCCAAAGGAGAUGACCAUAUGGGUAGAUCCCUUUGAAGUAUGCUGCAGGUAUGGUGAGAAAAAUCGUCCAUUUAUAGUUGCUUGUUUUAAUGGCAGGCAGGAAGAAUGGGAAAUAUCUCAACAGAUCACUCAUGCUAUUAAUAAAGUCACAUCUGACUACUAUUCUGGCACUUCCUCUGAUGAGGAUACAUGUGGCAGAGAGCCUCAAGUAAUUCCUAAAGUCAGAAAUCCAAAAAGCAUUUAUCAGGCUCAUCACAAAUUCCUCUACCUGGAAAUCAGCAGGCUGGCCAAAGAUCUACUAUUUCAUCUUUACCAAUGACAUCGGUGAUGGUCCUACUACAUGAAAGAUUUGUAUCACAAAAUAUGUGCAUCUCCUCCUAUAUAAAAAAUGUUUCCUCACAUAUAACUGGUCAUAUUUAUAAUAAUGUGUAAGGAGAUACCAACUUUCUUCCAUCUCUGAGAGGGCAAGAAUGUAGUUGAAAUAUAGCAUUCUAGGUACUUUGGGACAUCUAUGAUUUUAUAAACAUAGAUAUCCCUCCUGUAAAUAUUAAUAAUAAGCUAAUUUGACCUUUCAUCUUAAAUGAUUCUUGUUCAAGUUUUCCACAUAAAACCAGUAUAGAAGUAUUUUAGUAGCUAUUUAAUGUUCUAAAGAAUAUUUUUACCAUUCACCUUUUUUAAAGUUUUCAGUGAUUAGAAUGUUCCUUAUCAGUUAGAAUGCUCCUUAUCAGUAUAUGCUAUUCUUUCUAUACUUCUAAAUCAACUCCUUUUCUGAUCAUACAUUCUGAUCAUACUUUCUUUUGAUGCAAAUUGUUAUAUGCUAUAGCUUACUAGAAGCCAUUGUGCUGAGGUUUUCAUUUUUGUGUUGAUGAUUGGGUUAUUUGUUGUUCUAGGUUUUUUUUUUUUUGAGAUCCUUAUGUAGUCCUACAAACUAUGGAGUAUUGCAUCAGGAGAAUAUUGGUAUUAAAAAGACUGGCUUUUCAAUAGUCACCAAUUGGGGAUCCUAUGAAUUUAGAAAAUUUCAGUUCUUUUAAAUGAUUUAAGUUUUCCUUUCCAAUUCUAGACCAAGGUCAUUGUAUUAUCUGCUCUGACCUGUACAAGAAAUAAACACAAUAUGGAUGUCUAGGCCAAUUUUUUUUACUGCAAUGAAUUUCAGUGAGGGGCCACAUAGUGUUUCAGGAUGUGAUACAGUUAAAUAUCAUUUGCAAGUAGAAAACAUUUGGAGAACCUUAUAAUCAAUAGAAAAUACAUCUUUUGUUCAAAUAUUUUUUGUAAGAUAUCUUGAGUGAAUAAUAGCUCAUAUUUAUGUUGUAUUUUAAUGAGCAAAGUGAUUUGUGAUACUCUAUCAUCUGAUCCUCACGACAAACUUGUGAGGGAAAUGCCAAUAUUGUCCCCAUUUAACUAUUUGCCACAGUCCAGGAGGGAGUAUCCACAAAGGGGCCUUGGCUCUGAGCUCAAACAGUUUCUAGUUCAUUCGUAGGAGAGUCUAACUGCAAAGAAGGGAAUGGAGCUUUUCUUACUCUAUCUCAUUCUACUUCUCCACUUUUCCCUUGGAAAAAUUCUUAAAGCUUCUAUAUGGCUCAUAACUAGGGUUUCUCUUGAAAGGAAUUAAAAAGGUAGUAGAUGUCAGAUAUAGUUCAGCUAUUUCUUUUGACUCUGAAAUAAAUUCUUUUGUCUUCUAUAUUUUAUUUUUCCUAGUUACAUGUAAGUUGAUUUUUAACAUUAAUUUUCUAAAAUUUUGAAUUCUGAAUUCUCUUCCUCCUUUCCUUCCCUCCAUACUGCCUGAGAUGGCAAGUGACUUGAUAUUGGUUAAAUAUGUGAUAUCAUUCAAAACAUUUCCGUAUUGGUCAUACUUUGGAGGAAGACAUACACACGCACACACAUAUAAAUUCAUGAAUACAAUUCCAUCAGUUAUUUCUCUGGAGGUGGAUAGCAUUUUUCAUCUUAAGUCCUUCAGAAUUGUCUGGGAUCAUUGUAUUGCUGAGAAUAAUAAGUCUUUCACAGUUGAUCAUCUUAUAUUAUUUCUUUUUACUGUAUGCAAUGUUCUCUUGGUUCUGCUCACUUUACUUUGCAUCAAUUCAUUUAAGUCUUACCAGGUUUACAAAAUAAAAUUUUAAAUCACAAAACUCAAACAUACAUUAGCAAAUACUUAACACAUGAAAUAUUAUGUAGGAGUACUGAAGAGAUAUUACCAUUUUUACCACUGACCUGCAUUGCCUACCCAUCUCAUAAGUUCAGAUCUUCUGGCAAGUUAGGUCAUGACUUGGGCUUUAUUUAGCCAUUUGGAUGAAGAAUCUUCUUGGUGGUUGUAUUUUCCUUGAAAAGUGCUAAAGUUAUAGGAAUCAUCUCCCUUUGGGAGCUAGCCCUUUAUUCCAAAACUCUUGAACUUUCAAACCCAUGAUGAAAUUGUCAAGGCCAGUCCUUGAGCAAGCGGUCAGAGCAUCUAUGGUCCAUUGGAAUUGUUCAGGUGUGGAUCCAUCCCCCUAUAUAUUCUAUAUACCAUAUGCAGAUAAGAAAAUGACCUCAGAAAGGUUAAAGGAUUUUCCCCCAGGAUCACACAGCUAGUAAAUAUCUGAGGCAAUAUUUAAGUCCAGGUCUUGCUCACUUAAGUUACUGCACUAUCCAUUUUGUUUUCUGACCUCUCUGUGAGCAUGUUGGGAAUUGGGCAGAACUAGAUUCACAGUUUACCUCAGACUUUUACUAACUAUGGGACCUUUACAGCAAAUUAUUCAACAAAGAUAUCUUUUUAGUUGUAUCUAUCAUAAUGUUGCAUGGUUUUUGAGAGAUUUGUGGGAGAUACUUGUCUGAGGAAAGUCUUUAAGGUAUUUUUUCCAUUUUAUUAAAAUGCUGCCAUGAUUAUUGUUUUUUAUCAUUUCUUUGCCUCUUCCAGUUGUGUGACCAGAAAGAUAUAGUUAAAUUAUUUGCAAAAGUAUUUGAUUUUUUUCAUGUUUUUCCUGAGAAUACCCUAAAUGUGCAGAGAUUAUUCUUACAGAUUUGAUAGAAGUGAGAGAGCAAGUAUAUGGGUCUGUAGAUGCUGGGAUUUUCUUGGUUUCCUCUUUUGAAUAAAAGCAAACCCCAAGAUUUUUCUAUUAAAAAGAAAAUCUCUUUAAAGUCUUGAGAAUUAGUUUUGAGAAGGGAUUAAGUGACUUGCCCAGGGUCACACAGCUAGGAAGUUCCUGAGGUCCAAUUUGAACCCAGGAGCUCCCACCUCUAGGCCUGGCUUUCAAUACACUGAGCCACCUAGCUGCUCUAGUAACUUUCAGUGCUGCUUAUUUGGUCCUCUGUUUCAUCUGUGAUAUUUUAAGUUAGUCUGGUCUCUGGUCAGAUAGUCCUUACUCUUCUGGGACCUAUUGACUUAUUCUCUCAUGCCAAUGCCAGUUGAUAUUAUGGAAUGAUCACACUUCUCAUCACAAUUAACACCCUGCCUUCACAGACCUGAACUUGUAGACUUGUAAAAUGAGUCUAG